AUGGACGCCGCACAGCUCCAGCAACUCUUCCAGUCCACUUAUUCUCCGGAUGUAAACGUUCGUAAAAGCUCUGAGCUCCAGCUCCGUAGCUUGGAAGCUGAAGAAGGUUUCCCGACUGCAACUCUUCAAAUCAUCGCGGAAGGAGAUGAUCUCGCUGUAAAGCAAUCUUGCGCUGUCUACCUCAAAAAUCGCAUCUCUAGAAGCUGGGACAUGGAUGCAGCACGUUCCCGUCCUAACCAAACCGUUAUCUCACAGACUGACAAAAUGUCAAUCAAGCAAAACAUCCUGCAAGUCUUGGUCGCUUCAACCAGCUCAGCUGUUAGAGUACAAAUCGCUCACAUUAUCGGCACAAUUGUGAGCUCGGACGUCCCCGAUCACUGGCCUCAAUUCCUUGAGAUUGUUCUCCAGCUCCUCGUCUCCCACGAUGCACGCGAACAGUUUGCUGGUGAGCUCGCCCUCCAUGAAAUUCUCAAGGCGUGGAGGUUCAGGACUACAAAGAAGGAGUACAUGAAGGAAAUAGUUUCAAGAACGUUCCCUAUUCUCGUUGAAACUGGUAAGAAUGUCUUAGCCCAAGACUCAGCCGACGCUGGAUCAAUGUUGCACAUCAUUUUCAAGAUCUACAAGGCUUCUAUUCAACACGACCUCAGCGAACACCAGCAGCAAUCUAUUGUCGUCUGGGGCUCUCUUUUCUUAUCCGCAAUUAACAAGGAGAUUCCAGUUGAGCUUUUGCCUGAAGAUGAGGAGGAGCGUGAACGUAGCCCUUGGUCCAAGGCAAAAAAACACGCUUUCUAUUGUCUCAACAGACUCUUUUCUAGAUUUGGAAGCCCAUCUCAGCUCUCCUCACGCUCACAAGAGUACAAACCAUUCGCCAAUACCUUUGUCAACAACUUCGCACCUGAAAUCCUCAAGUCAUACCUCUCUAUAAUCGAAAAGAAUCGAACUCAAGGUCUCUGGCUGUCUAGCAAGUCGAAGUACUUUAUCUUCGACUACCUAUGUGAAUGCAUCAAACCUAAGUCCACAUGGUCAUUACUCAAACCACACGUAACGCAAAUCGUUGCAGAAUUUGUCUUCCCUCAAGUUAUCUUUAAUCAGGCUCAGGCGGAGCAGUUUGAGGAUGAUCCUGUCGAGUUCAUCAGAACUUCUGUCGAUCCUUUGGAAAACUUCAACAGCCCAUCUGCAGCUGCAACCACAUUCUUGUUGGCACUUACGAGAAAUAGAACAAAAUCUACCUUUGAAGAUGUCUUGCACUUUGUCAACAGCGUUCUUACCUCUAGCAAGACUCCUCAGGAAAAAUAUGGUGCUUUGUCCAUCCUGAUUGCCCUUGCGCCUAUCGUAAUGAGCUCAAAGAAAUUCGGUGGAAUGAUGGAAUCAGUCUUUGUUAACCACGUUCUUCCAGAAUUUAGCUCCGAAUUUGCAUUCAUGAGACUGAUUGCUUGCGAGAUGGUUCAGAAGUACGAAACUUGGGAUAUCAAGUGGAGUAAUAAGUCUAACCUUGAAGCUCACUUCAGAGCUGUAGUGAACGCUUUAUCGGAUAGUCAAUUACCAGUCAGGGUUUUAGCUGCAUUGGCAUUAACAGAACAGAUCCAACACCCUGAAGUCAAGGCUGCGAUGGCACCAAGUAUCGCAAAGAUUGUUCAAGAUCUCUUAAAAUUAUCUGACGAAAUCGAUCUCGAUAUACUUAGCCAAACGAUGGAGAGAAUUGUUGACGAUUUCGGUGAUGAGUUGAUUCCAUUUGCUGUAGAUGUCUCAAGACAUCUCGGUGAAACGUAUAUGAGAAUCAUGACUGAGCAGCUCAACAUCAGAGAAGCAGCUCCUCAAGGUGAAAUUGACCAAUAUGUCGACGCCGGAGAAGACAAGGUGAUGGCGGCUAUGGGUGCCAUGAAGACACUCCAGCAAUUAGUCAGAUCUUUAGAGAACAGUCAAUCUAUCUUGAAGGAAAUCUCAUCCAUUUCUACACACUUGGUUGUUUUCACUGUUCAGAAUGAGUUCAUCGAAUUGUAUGAUGAAGUAUUCGAGCUCAUCGAUUGCUUAACUUUCUUCAUGAGAGCCAUCCCUGACGAUCUUUGGCCUGUCUUUGAGGCUUUGUACCAAUCGUUCAAAGGCUCAGGUGUCGACUAUCUCUCUGAAAUGUUGCCAUCAUUGGAUAACUUUAUAAGCUACGGAUCUCCUGUGUUCGCGCAAAAUCCUACAUAUAGACAGAUGGCGGUUGACAUAUAUGCUACCGCCAUGGAAUCAGAACAGCUUGGCGAACAAGACAGACUUGUUGCUUCUCAAUUGAUUGAAUCUGUUCUCCUUCACUUGCCAGGUCAAGUUGAUGAUGCACUCCCACUCAUUAUCGGAACAGCUAUGAAACAACUCGAUCCAAAGAUCACACGUACAAAGUCACUUCGUCUCCACCUCCUCGAGACUAUUAUUAACUCGAUCAUAUACAACCCAGUCAUCACCUUAUCCAUUCUCGAGCAGGCUGGUGCCACUGCUACAUUCUUCACAACAUGGAUGUCAAACAUCAAUCUCUUUAGCAGAGUACACGACAAGAAAUUGGUUGUCGUCGGUGUUUGCUCACUUAUGCAACUGACAGUAGAGCAAACACCACCUUCAGUCCAAUCAGGUUGGCCAGCACUGUUUGCAGCAUUGUUAGACAUAGUUGAGCAGCUCCCUCAAGCUAUCAAUGAGCGCGACGAGCUUAAAGAGAGAGCAGGUGAAUUCCAAGAUGACGAAGAGGAAGACUUCGAUUUUGCAGCUGAUGAUGUUGAUGGUGGAGAUGACGAGGGUGACAUCGUGGAUGAGGACAACGAGUACCUCGAAGUCUUGGCUGCUGAAGCACAGAGAUUGGCUGGAGAGCAGCAGCAGAAAGGCAAGGGCAUGGGUGCUGAACUUGGAGAAGACGAUUAUGACGAUGAUGACGAGGAUCUCGAAGAGGAAUUGACUUUCGAGUCACCAUUAGACUCUAUCGACGUCUUUGUCAGAUUCAAGCAUCGUCUCACCAUCUUCCAAGCUACCAAUCCGGCCGCCGCGACAUCUGCAAACGGAUCACUUGACCAAGACCGCCAAGUCAAGUUACAGAACGCAAUGAAUUUGGCUAACGAGCGUGAAACUCAAGGUUUCUCAGCUUAA